AGCUUCGCGUUGUCCAGUGCACGAUACGUGUCGGCUCUUGCACCAUCAGGUUUAUCCGGAGCUCCACCACCAGCAGCUCCCACAGACAGACAGACACUGGGAGGAUUCUCUCCGGUGCUUUUUUUUAAUUUGCUCAUCUCCACGGCGGACGGAGGACCGCUGUCUCCAGUGCACGGUCCCUCCGACACAACUCGUCCGGACAUGAGUACCGUUAAUCUGAUUUUCUGGGACCAGUUGCAGGCUGGCAGCUCCGACGUGGACUGGUGCGAAGGAAAUUACCUGAUUUACCCGAGCAUCGCUGAGUUUUACAACACGAUCAGCAACAUUUUGUUUUUUGUUUUGCCGCCCAUACUAAUGUGCUUGUUCCGCCAAUAUGCAACACAUUUCAACAGUGGGAUUUACCUCAUAUGGAUUCUGCUUGUUGUGGUCGGUAUUGGAUCGACAUAUUUUCACGCCACCCUCAGCUUCCUGGGCCAGAUGCUGGACGAGCUGGCCAUCUUAUGGGUGCUCAUGUGCGCCAUUGGCAUGUGGUUCCCCAAGAGAUACCUACCUCGGAUGUUCAGGAGGGAUCGGUCAAGGUUCAAGGUGGUCAUCGGCAUCUUGUCAGGGAUCACCACAGGGUUGGCCUUCGUCAAACCUGUCAUCAACUCGGUGUCACUCAUGACUCUGGGCAUCCCCUGCACUGCACUGCUCAUCACUGAGCUGAGAAGGUGUGAAAACCCUCGUGUGUUCAAGCUGGGCUUGAUCUCAGGGAUGUGGUGGACGCUGGCUCUGCUCUGCUGGAUCAGUGACAGGAUCUUCUGUGAAAUGUGGUCAUCUGUCAACUUCCCCUACUUACACUGUGCUUGGCACAUCCUCAUAUGUCUGGCCUCCUACCUGGGUUGCGUUUGCUUCGCCUACUUUGACGUCGCGACCGAGGCCCCGGAGCGAGGCCCCGUCAUCAUGUUCUGGCCCAAUGAGAAGUGGGCCUACAUCGGCGUGCCCUACGUCUCCCUGCUCUCUGUCCACAAGAAGGCUGCCGUCAAGGAGACAUAAAGUGAAUCUGCAGCUCAGCGGGUUGUGCUCCCACACUUCUCCCCAGGAUGUCUUCAAAACAGCAAGACGACUCGAUGCAUCCACCGCGUCCGUGAGUGGUGCUGACAUCCACCGGCGCUCUGGUGACUGGAUGAUGAAGGUGAUUCACACGUAGGCCAACUGAGAGGAUUCAUCUUAUCCUUGUUCCUUCCCUGGUCCGGUCUUCAUUACACAGCAGUGUUUAUGCAACUCAAAGAGCAACAGGUGUCACAAAAUAGCUGUUUUCAGACACAAACUCCGGAGGAUGUCCGCACAAUUGGUUUCGGACUUUCUCCAGAGGUUUCCUUUCACACAUGAACAACGCAGCAGGAUUCACAACUCCAACAGAAAGACGUAACAUAUUAACUCCGCUGCAGAGAUCACACAUUUUUGUUUAGAGCACAACAACACCGUCGUCGACCCUUAUCACCAAAAAGCUCUCUUGACAUCUUCGACCUCGUCUUCUGUGUAUGUGCCGCCAAUUUUUCAUCCUGAGAUAUUUUGUCUUCUUUUUGUUUUUUUAAUUUUGGCAUCUGUCGGGUGUUAUAAACGUCAUCAACACAUCGGCUCAUUUGCACAUUCUCUAGCAUUUUGACCAGGGGACUGGCCAGAGAAACUCCAGAGCACAGUCCUCUCACUCUGACAUAUAGCCCCUCUGGAGAAUGUCUGGAGAUUACCCGGAGUUCAGUGCAUGUCUGAAAGCAGCUAACGAAUCCAACAUGACACACAGUCACUUUCUACACAACACAAUAUCAAAGCCAAGAAACCUUUACAGUGUUCGACAUGCAUUCUCAGGCUCUGCAGGAGACAUUUUGUACAUUUUUAUAUAUUAACUCACAAAACCUCUUUAUAAAGUGUUAUUUUGCCUUUAUGAACAUAAAUAUAGCAUCUCAUAGGUGCAGUCAGGCCAUUAGGGAACCAUAAUCACAAACAAUGUAACACUGGAUUCAGUAACUGUGAUAAAUGCAUAAUGCAUUAAAACUCACGGCGUCAACAGGCUAGUUCUGAAGAUGUUACUGAAGUGUUAUGAGAAGGUUAUUCACACAGAGCCAUGUGUAUUUCUAAUACAUAAUGGCUUCAUGCUGUUGAACCUGCCCUUUGUGUCGACUGGCAUUUCCAUGGAAAAACUCAGAAACACAAAAGGCUUCUCUCUAGUCUGGGUGUGUUUUUCUUCCAGCAUGCCACAGUGAUUGUUUGCGAUAGUAUAUGAGAAAUGUUUAAUAUAUUCCUGUGUAUAAAUAUUUUAUUAACAAUGUAAUAUCGAAUUAUUUUCCUAUGAAAAGCAUAUUGUAUAAGUAUUACUCAAUCAAUAGGUACCCCAUGAUAUUGGCCAAAUCUAAAAGAACCAGAAUGUGAAAUCAGAAUGUAUUCAAAAAAAAUAAUUGACAAAUCAAGUAAAAACUCUUAUUUUGCACAAGAUGAAAAAUGAUUUUCAAAGUCUCUGGGUAAAUUGCAUUUAAGAACAUGGUCAUUACAGAUAUUUACUCAAAGAUGAACUUGCUAGUGUACAAAUGUGAAUGUGGAUUUUUUUUUCACCCAGACAUCUCAUCUCUUCCACUGCUCUUCAGGGUUCCAGGCUCAGUGUUUUUAGACAUUUUGCUAAAUGUCAUUGAAACUAUGUAAAUUGUGCAAAAAAGCCUUAAUCAAUCGGAAUAAUGGAUUACUGGCAAGUGAAGGUUUGUGAUGUACCGUUUCAUCUACAAGGGGAAAUACAGUGCAUUGGUUACAUUAAAGCACUUCAUUUGUAAAGCACUCACGUAACUUAGAUUUUAAAAAGUGCUCUAUGAAUAAAUGUAUUAUUAUUAAGUAGUACAUGUAGCUUAUUGUAGGUCAAAUUUAAAAGUUAAGCUUUUAUUACCUCUGACACUAAAACUCUAACAUUGCCCUUGGAUUAAAAAGUGAAUAGAGUCUUUAUGUGGAAUUAUAAAAGGGAAAUAUGUUUGGAUUAUUCAAAGCAAAACAAGGCUCACUUCACCUCAAACCAUUGUUGUACGUGUUGUUCUUAAAAAAACUGCCUCAAGCUGUUAAACUAAUAUUGUUUCACUCCUGUCGCCCUGCUGAGGCUUCUGGGAGUUCAGACCACUGAGAUAAUGCGUCCUUACAUGAAGGGUUAUUAUUACACUUUACAAAGAAAACUAACAUUUUCCUUUUUUUCUCAAGUGAAGUAUUUCGUGAAGUCCAAAGCAACUUAUAUUUUUGUAAGUGAAGUGCAGCCAAAAUCAAAGCACUGGCCUAAAUGGUGAAUUAUUUUAAUAUUGUACUAUUGCUACCUUUGUAUUGUCAACCAUUGUAACAGUGUUCCUUUUUUUACUUUGUAUCUUUUGGACAAUAUUGACAAUGUGAACUAAGUAGUUUGUAUUGUCAACCAUUGUAACAGUGUUCCUUUUUUUACUUUGUAUCUUUUGGACAAUAUUGACAAUGUGAACUAAGUAGUUGUGCUGCCUGAGAAUAGUCCUUGUUGGUGUUUUUUUUUUGUAUGCUAAUAUAAACAAGUUGAGAAUUAAGUGAGAAAAGACUUGGUGGGAACCGAGGUGUCUGUUUAAUGGUGCCCACUGCAUUGUGAUGUUUGUCUUGGCAUGAGGUAUGAUCACGCUCACCUAACAAUGAGGUGUCUUUUUUUAUGGACUUGUGUGUAAAUCUCUUCUUUUUUUUCUGCUUUUCUGCAUUGACAGUACAGACAAACUGCACAAAAUAUUUAUUUUCAUAAUUUAUCCUGUUUUAUAAACAAGUAUUUGUAAUAGACUAGAACAUUAGUUAUUAUUUUGUUUUAUGCAAUAAACUUAUAUACUCAAA